AUGCAGUUAUCAAAUGCUCAGUUGAAAAAUUUGACACUCAUUGAGAUUGAGAUUAUGAUGCAAUCCAAUAGAAGAAGUUUGCAUGAAUUUAAAGAUAUGCCUUAUCCGGAUUCGUAUGUGACACGACACGUGGGCAAUAGACUUAUUUAUGACGAACUUGAUUACAAUGCCGAUACAGAACGAGAAAAUUUCCAUAAUCUAUUUACCGCCCUAACAGAUGAGCAGCGUUCAAUCUUCAAUAAAAUCAUGGAUGUUGUCAACAAAAAAAGAGGAGGGGUGUUCUUUUUUACAUGGUUACGGAGGGACUGUUGGGAAAUAAUCAACCAUUAUGCAUUGGACAUAAUAUCAGGAGAAGAGAAGGAGUAUUUGAGUUUUGAUUCAAUUGAUAGAAUGAAUACUUUGUAUACUGAAGCGUAUGAAGGUCUAACUCCAGAAUUUUUUAGUAAACUAAGAACUUCAGGUCUACCAAAUCAUAAGAUCAAAUUAAAGGUUGGUACCCCAAUUAUGCUUUUGAGAAAUAUGGAUCAAAGUGAUGGAUUGUGCAAUGGUACAAGAUUAAUUGUUACAAGGUUAGCAAAUCAUGUUAUUGAGGCAAAGAUUAUGUCUGGAAAGAACAUAGGUAACAUCUUCUACAUUCCUCGGAUGUCUGUGUCACCUUCUGAGUCACCAUGGUCAUUUAAGUUGAUUAGGAGACAAUUUCCAAUCAUUGUCUCUUACGCAAUGACAAUUAAUAAAUCCCAAUGUCAAUCUCUUGAGAGUGUAGGGUUGUAUUUUCCUACACCUGUUUUUAGUCAUGGACAAUUGUAUGUGACAAUUUCAAGAGUUACAACCAAGAGUAGUCUUAAAAUCUUAAUACAUGACAAAGAGAAUGCACCCUCUUCUACAACUAUAAAUGUUGUAUACAAGGAGGUUUUCCAAUCACUUUGUUAG